AUGAUGGAGGACGAAAAGACCUCGGCCAGUCCAGACAAUAUGAUGGACCAACAAGGGACAAGAACAGCACCCUACUACUCUAUCCCCGCUCGUGACAUCGUCAGCGUCGAGCACCCGGCCAUCAUCAAGAACGUCGACAAGGCAAUUGAAACUCUACGGGGCAACGCAGGCAUCUCGAAGAUUCUGAACCCCCCAAAGGCUGAUACCCGAGCCAAACUCUUUCUGCGGCCAGAGGAUGCCAUGUCUCGACCACUCCAGUCGACGAGCUCUGCUUCUAAUAAUAUCCUGCUUAAAGUGACAGUUCCCAAGAGGACUGGUCGGAAACGCAAGAGGGGCUCGGAUGAGCCUUUCUCUGGUGUUCCAGUCACUACUGUCAAUGAACAGCCCCAGCGGAGGAGUGCGAAGCAGCUACUCCGAAGUCUGAGUGACAACGUGGGCAAGUAUAAGGUUGAGCCUGUUGGGAUGGUUAAUAGGACGCAUGUGUUUCGCGGCAUGCCAGACUUUGUCUACUCGACCACCGGGAGCGCAUUCACUAAUCGAUUCCGGGAGCAGAUUCUCUCUUUUGACUAUGAUAAGAUGAAACAGUUCGAUAUUGACAUGAGCAAGGGUGCCACAUCCAACGUUGAUAUCAUACCACCCCCAUCCCUCAGCCAUGGGGACGUCCCAUUUACCUACAUGUACCGUCAAAACCCAACCGUCCGACAAUCAGUCGACACCUCCGGCAACCUCACCACCAUCAACACCUCCCAAGCCGCCAAAGUCCACACAUAUCUAGUGCCAUUCGACGCACCCGUGCCCACCAAGCCCCGCGAGAACCUCGCACCCAUCCACACCCUCGAGCCAACCCUACGAGAAACCAUCGCCCUCGUCGAAGACCUCCUCAAGGACCGCCCAGCCUGGACCCGCCGCGGCCUCCGCAACCACCUCAAAACCUCCGAACAGCGCUACGCCCUCCGCCACGCCGUCCCCUAUGUAGGCUACAUCUUCCGCUCGGGACCCUGGCGCGACGCCAUCAUCAAAUUCGGCCACGACCCACGCACCUCCCCUACCUACCGCAUCUACCAAACCGUCAUGUUCCGCAUCCUCUCCGGCACCUCCGAGCUCGCCCGCGACGCCGGCAGCGGACGACGACACACCAUCCCACGCCCCAACGAGGUCCCCACGGGCCCCGACGCCUUCACGCCCUUACCCACCGACACGCACCUCUUCACCGGCACCCCACCCCUGCCGCCAGACGGCCGCAUGUGGAUGUUCUGCGACAUCACCGACCCGCUCCUGCGCUCCAUCCUUUUCCCCAACGAGCCCGACCCGCCACCGCCAGGCUUCCUCAGGGAGACCUGCGACAUCGUCGUCGACGGCUGGUUCGGCAGCGGCACCAUCGGCAAGGCCCGGACGAUCAUGCGCGCCAAGGUGCAGAGCAUGCUUGAAGGCCGGGCGGCCGACGAGCGCGAGUUCGCGCGAGUCCUCCGCUUCCCCGACCAUGUGGCGCCGGACGGCUCGCUGGCCGACUUCACGCUGGACCCGGAGGGGACGUCCUCGCGGGAGAUGCAGCUUGCGACUGAUAUCCGGGCGUCGAUCAAGGGAUCAUGGAAGGGUCAGCUUGAUGCGGCGGGUGCGGGUGCGAAUGCCGCUGCUUCGGUGGGAGGGGUUGCCCCUGGUGCUGCGCGGGAGAAACGCGUGCAGUGGAGCGAGGACGUAGGCGAGGAAGAGGAGAGCGAGGGCGAGGAGGAAGCGCUGGAGGAGGCUGAGAUGCUGGAGGCUCAGGUGGCGGCGGCGGAGGCUGCUGCUACGGCGGCGGUCGAGGAUGAGGAGAAUGAUCCGGGUCAGGAAGAGUCGGAUGAGGGAGAGGAUAUGGAUGCCGAGGGACCUUCAAAGCGAUGA